CCGUGGCCCCUGCCUCCGGGUCGCUCCCGCCCCAGGCGCCGCUCGCUUCCCCCUCACCCCCACUCCACACCCGGACUCCCCCAUGUAUGACGACUCCUACGUGCCCGGGUUUGAGGACUCGGAGGCGGGUUCAGCCGACUCCUAUACUAGCCGCCCCUCACUGGACUCAGACGUCUCCCUGGAGGAGGACCGGGAGAGUGCCCGGCGCGAAGUGGAGAGCCAGGCCCAGCAGCAGCUGGAAAGGGCCAAGCACAAGCCCGUGGCAUUUGCAGUGAGGACCAAUGUCAGCUACUGUGGCGUCCUGGAUGAGGAGUGCCCAGUCCAGGGCUCUGGGGUCAACUUUGAAGCCAAAGAUUUCCUGCACAUUAAAGAGAAAUACAGCAAUGACUGGUGGAUCGGGAGGCUAGUGAAAGAGGGUGGGGACAUCGCCUUCAUCCCCAGCCCCCAGCGCCUGGAGAGCAUCCGGCUCAAACAGGAGCAGAAGGCCAGGAGAUCCGGGAACCCCUCCAGCCUGAGUGACAUCGGCAACCGACGCUCCCCUCCUCCAUCUCUAGCCAAGCAGAAGCAAAAGCAGGCAGAGCAUGUGCCCCCGUAUGACGUGGUGCCCUCCAUGAGGCCGGUGGUGCUGGUGGGGCCCUCUCUGAAAGGCUAUGAGGUCACAGAUAUGAUGCAGAAGGCUCUCUUUGACUUCCUCAAACAUAGAUUUGACGGCAGGAUCUCCAUCACCCGGGUCACGGCUGACCUCUCGCUGGCCAAGCGCUCUGUGCUCAACAACCCUGGCAAGAGGACCAUCAUAGAACGGUCCUCAGCCCGCUCCAGCAUUGCUGAGGUCCAGAGUGAGAUCGAGCGCAUCUUUGAGCUGGCCAAAUCCCUGCAGCUGGUGGUCCUGGAUGCCGACACCAUCAACCACCCAGCACAGCUGGCCAAGACCUCCUUGGCCCCCAUCAUCGUGUUUGUCAAAGUAUCCUCACCAAAGGUGCUGCAGCGUCUCAUCCGCUCCCGGGGGAAGUCACAGAUGAAGCACCUGACUGUACAGAUGAUGGCAUAUGAUAAGCUGGUCCAGUGUCCACCCGAGUCCUUCGAUGUGAUUCUGGAUGAGAACCAGCUGGAGGAUGCCUGCGAGCACCUGGCUGAAUACCUGGAGGUUUACUGGCGGGCCACCCACCACCCAGCCCCCAGUCCCGGUUUUUUGGGCCCUCCCAGUGCCAUCCCCGGACUUCAGAACCAGCAGCUGCUAGGGGAGCAUGGCGAGGAACACUCCCCACUGGAGCGGGACAGCCUGAUGCCCUCAGAUGAGGCCAGCGAGAGCUCUCGCCAAGCCUGGACGGGGUCUUCACAGCGCAGCUCCCGCCACCUGGAGGACUACGCAGAUGCCUACCAGGACCUGUACCAGCCUCACCGCCAACACACCUCGGGGCUGCCCAGCGCUAACGGGCACGACCCCCAGGACCGGCUCCUGGCCCAGGACUCGGAGCACAACCACAAUGACCGGAACUGGCAGCGCAACCGGCCCUGGCCCAAGGAUAGCUACUGACAGCCACCUGCCGCCCUGCCCAAGCAGGCCCAGGCCCAGCUGACUGGAGUGCCUACUCUCAGCAGGCAGGUUGGAGUUAGACUGGCAUGAGGCUGGCUCUAGGCUCAGCCCCCAACACCCCCUGCCCAGCCCCAGCUGCAGGGCUGCCUGUGGUCCCCAGGUCCUAGGAGCAAGAGGGACUCCCCCUCACCUCCUGGGCAGUGACCCCCCUCUAGGCGCCCAUUCCAGGUACUAGCUGUGUGUUCUGCACCCCUGGCACCUUCCUCCCCUGCACAAGAAGCUGCCUAUCUGGGCAGUGCCCUCAGGCCAGGAUCCCCUUAGCAGGGGCCUUCCCCCCACUCAGGGAAGGGAUGCCCCUCAAACUGACAAGAGGGUGGAGGUGUGAUUAAUGGCGCACAGCAGCAGUAAGACCUUGAGCAGGCGGGCACAGGUUGCAACAGUCAGGGGCUUGGAGAUUGUACUUUGGGGCCCACAGGCCUCCGUUCACCUCACUGCCACACAUUCGAAACAAGACAAUCAAAGCCCUUCGGGGUGGCACUCCAGUCCGUUAGCUGGGGUGGGGUAUCCCAGUGCAGCUGAGACUGGGGCCAGCAGGCAGCUGAGACUGGGGCCAGAGCAGCCAGUGGCUGCAGCUCUGGGAGGGCGGGCACUCCUCGCCCUGCGCAGAACUUCUUUUAACAUCUGACAGGACCAGGGACUAGGAGCAUGGGUCAAGCCACACUGGGCUGAAGGCAGGCGGCCACCUGGACUGAGGGCUUGUGGGGGGAGGGCGUGUAUAGCACGGAAUGUGUGGAACAACUUCAGAGGCCUGCUCACCCCCUUUCUUUUGCCCUGGCAUCCAGUCAUUCCUGUUUUCACCCCUCAUGUGCCCCAGGAAUCCAAGCCCCAACUUUAUUCCCAUUCAUAGCUGCUGCUUGUUAAGUUAGGGUUAGAUGGGGAGAGGUAAGACACCGGGGACAGCCCCAGAGGCCCGUCUCCCCGGCUACCCUUGCCCACUGCUCUAGUCUGACCUACAGAGCAUGUUCCAUAAGACCCUGCCCCAGCACACUGUCAGCAUAAUAAACACCAUGCACAGUC